ACAUGGAGGUUCUGUUCCCGGCCUAGUUUCUUGCGAGAAUUUUUUGAUAACACAACGGUGCGGAAAAUUAUCUGUAUUUUAGACAUUCUGCAUAUCUGUCUAGACUACAUUGUUGUUCACUGCUUAACACCAAGGAUUUCAAGAUUUAUUAUCAAAUAAAACUACAGCAAUCACGUCCAGAGUACCCUUGUCGCCUAUUCAAAGCCCUCGAUUAUGGCAGACCGAUAACAGUACAAACAGAUUAAUUGACUUUUGGAAAAAUCGCAUUACCCCAUUUAUCAGUUCAGUGCGAUACCAGCUGCUGUGCAGAACGAUACAAGCUCAACCCAUUAUGAGCUGGAAAAUUCUAAUUUUCCUCAUCGGUGUGGCCACCUUUGUUAGAUCUGAUAAUAUGCUUACAAGCAUCGAGAUCAUGAACGGUUACGUUUUCCCGACCAAUGUGACGGUGGCCUUAGGCGAGAGUGUCCACCUAAAAAUUCUGCUUUCUAUGAAUGACGAAGAUCGCUGCUUGUAUCGAGAACCCGGUUCUACGGAAGACAUCGAUGUCCAUGGAAACUUGAGACAGCUUCCGGAGAGCCGAAUCAAACCGUCAAACGCUAGCCUUCCGCAAAACAGGCAACUGAACAACGACGCCAAUGAAUGUGGUAUUAAGGUUUCAACAAUCACCAAACAGGAUGCCGGUUUCUGGCGACUAACAAUGGUGCGUGGAACCACCCUCAUUCGGGGUGUAUCGAUGGUCACGGUCAUCGACGUACCAACCGUGCCCGAUCCUGGCUCCAGAGAUUCUAUUGAUGAUUUGGAAGAUAUUACACCGACCGGAACCGAUUACUGUUAUAUGUUGAGAAACACCGAAACACAAACCCGGGAUGUCCCGAUGUACGAGGCGUGCACGCUGGACGCGAACGAAAUGGACCCGACCGGUAGCGGUCGGUGGAAUGUCAUUGUGGGCGUCCGAGGGUACAUGCGAGAGUUACACUUCGGUAUCGACAUACAGCACAAAGAGGAGCAAAUAAUAACGUCCGUUCAUCGUGCAGCCGACCAUGAGGUGUUGAUGUGUAAUCUUCGCUACGUACCCGACAUGCAGGUUAUUAAAUUUUGCCGUUUUCUGAGACUAUCAGAUAGUUUAGGACUGAAUAUGCUCGAAGGGGUCGGUUGGGAUCGGUAUCGCUACAAUGGUAACGGAUUCCACGCUGGUGAUUGCGGCCUAGAGAUCGAAGAACCCGCCGCCAUCGAUCGAGGACUGUGGAAAUGUAUCAUAGGAUUUGGAGAUGACACCACGAUUAAAGUUUCCGGCGCCAUUAUUGACAAUAGAGAAACAGUGGUAGAGUUGGCUAUUAUAGCAGUAGAAGAUGUGAAUGUUCUGAAUGAGACAGAAAUAAUUUUACGGUGUAACGCCAAUAAGCCGUUGGACUAUUGCUGGUUUAAAGAUCCUAAUGGGACGACUUAUUCGGUGUCGGAAACCUCAGUUACAAAUGCGGACAGCUACUACUGGUAUAGUGGUAUUUCCUUGGCAAUGGGUGACUGUGGCAUUAAAUUAAAACCGAUUUCGGACGAAAUGGCAGGCCGAUGGAGUUGUCACGUUGGAAGCAGCAAUUUUUCCGCUUUAGAAGUGUCAGAGCACAUUGACGUUAGGAUUAGCCGCUCACAAAUGAUUGGAUCGCAUGAUUACAUUCAAGCAACUUUAGAAGCAGCAGUGGUAAUCGAAUGCUCCUCGAUUCCGAAACAUACUCCACUGCAAUACUGCAGGUUUGUAACUCCCAGUGGCGAUGCUUUCAGUUUAGACGAAAGUGUAACUUCCAAUGAGGCAAUUCUGGAUAAAUAUUACACCAAUCCCAGCCAUGAUUUGCAGAAUGGGUUUUGUUCAUUAGUUGUAAAAACGGUCAGCAGCUCCGAUUUGGGUAAAUGGAUUUGCGCGGGAAAGAUAGCGGGACACACAAUGGAGCAGUACACUACAAUUGAGGUCAUGGCCGAUCAAAAUGACUCAGCCGAACUUACGGUAGCGUCAAUCGUCGGAAUGGCUUUAGGCAGUUUAGUAGUAAUGAUAAUCAUUGUUGGCAUAGGAUGCUACAACUUCCGGCGCAGACUUAAAAAUCAAGUGGAAACUAUAAACCGAGAGAUCGAAAUGCAAGAACGACGUCACGACGUCGAAACGGUCGAAGUUGCCAGUAUUGAAAGCAACUCAACCCGAUCCAGCCAGCGCAGUCAAAGAAGUGAUAAUCAGCUACGAACUGGGUGAGCCGAAAACUAUGGCAGCUUACUUAUCCGGUUAAAAAAAUUUAUUUUGUUUUGACGAAAAAAAAUCGAAUAAAGCUACUUACAGUUUAAUGCUAUC